AUGGCAAAUAAAUCUUUUCAGGUUGCUCUUGAAGCAGCAACAAAUGAAAGUAAUACCGAAGAGAAUUGGGAUCGAAUAUUAGAGGUUUGUGAUUAUGUUAAAAAUGGUCAAAUAAAACCAAAUGAAUUACUUGAUCAAAUAUUAAAGAAACUUAAACAAACUCGACGAACAAAAUUGCAAAUGAAUACAUUAACAUUAUUCGAUGCAGCUGUUAAAAACUGUGGUCAAAUAUUUCAUCAAUUGUUUACAUCACGUACAACAAUGAAUACACUUGUUGAAGUUAUUGAGGACAUACGGACAGAAAAUACUGUACGUAAUCGAAUAGGUUCAUUAUUAAAACAAUGGAUGGAAGAUCCUGAAUUCAAAGACAAAGCACAAUAUGCAAUGCUUGGUGCGACUUAUAAAAAAUUAACAAUAGAAAAAGGUUAUACAUUUAUUGAUGGCUCUAGUAAUCCACCAAUAUCGACAACUGUUGCAUCACCACCAUCUGCAGCUGUACGAAAAGUUCAAGAUGAAUUAUUAGCCAAACGAGAAGAAGAAGAAUUUAAUAAAGCUAUUGCUUUAUCAAUGCAAGAAGCAAACCAACCAAAAUCUCAACAAUCAGUUACUAAUUCUCUUUAUCCAUCAAUGCAACAAUCAACGUCAACAAAUAUAACAACAAUAAUGAAUGGAAAUGAAAAAAAAGUAAAAGCAUUAUAUGAUUUUGAAGCAGCUGAAGAUAAUGAAGUAACAUUUAAAGCCGGUGAUAUUUUAAUUAUUACCGAUGAUAGUGAUCAACAUUGGUGGAAAGGAAUUAAUAAUGGUGUUGAAGGUUUAUUUCCAGCGAAUUUUGUUACUAAAAAUCUUCAACAACCAGUCGAUUCACCUAGUCAAUCAACUGGCACAACAAACAAAACCGCUAAUGAUUUAAAUCAAAAACAAGAACGUCAGGAUGAUAUUGCUAAAGGUCAAGUUGUUAUUGACGAACGUCUUAUUGAUCGUUGUUUAGCUAUGUUACAAAAUGCUGAUCCAACCGGUGAAAUUGAAGCUGAUUCAAAUGAAAUGCUUAUGCUCGAAGAUACAUGUUAUGCAAUGGGUCCACUUAUUGAUCAUGAACUUGAAAAAGUUGAUCGUAAACAUGUACAAUUAGAAGAAUUAAAUAAAAAUUUACGUGAAGCCAUGGAAUUGUAUCAUCGUCUUAUGGAAGAAGGUCGUAUUCGAGCAGCACAAGUUAAAACAAAUGCAGUUCAACUUGCCAAUCAAAUGUAUCAACAACAACCACAAAUGCCACCCCAACCAUAUUAUCAAGUUCAUCCAGGUUUACAAUCACAAUCACCUAUACCCCCACAACAACCUAUUAUGUAUCAACCUCCACCACAACUAUAUAAUCAAUUACCACCCCAAACUCAACAAUCAAUGCCGUAUAUUCCACAACAACCAACAGGUGCAUAUUAUGUCGAUCCUAAUUUACAACAACAUAUGAUGUAUUCAAUGCCACCUGCCAUGAUAAAUCCUCUUCAACAGCCACAACAACAGCCAACUGCUCAUAGUGAAACGCAAUAA